AUGACGUCUACUUCUGAUCCAUUGAGCAAUUGCUCUACCAACGCCAUUGUGCUUCAAGACUUUGGCGAAAUCGCGUACAUUGUAUGCACAGUCUCACUACCACCCCAAAAUGGCGCUCAGGCUACAUCAUCAGAAUCGAAACUGGCAAGGCUACGCUCAACCCAGAAGCAGUUCCGCGAGGCUUCAAUCCUGGCCUCAACCGACACGGCUGACCUCCAGCUGUAUACCUUCUACAAGAAGGUCGAUGUCAUGAAGGACCAACGAGCUAUAUUGAGCAAGUUUGGCCAGAUCCUGAGGUCCAACUCCUGUACCAUUGCGUACAAAGCUGCCGCCAGAGCUCCCGAUCUGUUCAAACCGGAGCACUCCAAGCUGUAUCGCCUGUUCGUGGCUUCUGUGCUUGCCAGUGUCAAAUUAGACGCUGUCGACAACCGCCGCAUCCUACCAAUGGGCCAACGCUACCACGUUAUCGCCCAUCCGGUGGAUCACUCCAGCUUCUUUCCUCAGGUGCUCCAAUCAUGGGCGCUGUUGCGCACAGAUAUGCAAGUCGUAAUGUCCGGUCACAUCAUUAUUACCGUCUCGGCUCAGCGAACAAUGAUUCCAUUCGUGAGCACAGAGAACGAAGUUCAGCGACUGUCUGAUGGUGCUUUGAUCACUGCAAAGAUUACUCCUGUCGCUCUGGCGCCCAGCGGUCAGCUGGCCGUCUUCCGCAACGGCUACUUUGGCAGGAUGACAGAAGCGAACAAAUUGAGCGCGGUCCAACGUGCAAACUUGCUCCAUUGGCAACAAGUCUUUGCGACAUGGGCCGAGACCGAAUCCAGCGUUGUCGUAUCAGCAGACGAUGUCUGGAUGGAGUUGGUCGUUCCCGUCUACGAACAGGUCUUCCCCGAACCUUCUGGGUCACCAAAUGCCGCGAAGCCAGAACCGAGACAGUCAAUGGGCCUCAAGACCUUCUUUUGGCCAGCGAAAUUGUGUUUUUCACUCAAUGUAGCAUAUGGUCAGCCACAACAGAUACCCGAAGCAAACGGUAGUCACGAUCCUGUUCAAUUCAUCAUCGACUGGUACGAGAAUCUGGCUAACGGUGACUUUGGCCUCAAUGAGGCGUCAUCCGCGGCGGUGUCGGACAGUGACGAUGGUCCAUUGCUAGGAGAAGACGGCGCUUUCGAUAAUCCAGAGGUGUUUCAGCCAUUUGGUCCGCCUACGUUUCCAACCGGACAGACCGUGUACCCAACUCCACCCGACGCGGUGAUGACUCAUGCAACGCCUGCUAUGUCUGCUGGGGAUGGUCUUGCAGCCACCCCGCUGAAUGCAUCUCGGCUGGCUACAGAGCCUCACUCCGCCAUCCAGGCUGAAACGCCACUCACUGCAGACAUACACGCGGCAGACAACAAUGACUCUGGCAUGUACGAUGACGAUCUGUUCGACGAGAUGCCGGACGAUGCGUUCGAGCAGGUGACUGGCGCCGAUGAGCCAAAUUGGGACUUCUUCGACAAGCCAGGUGGCCCGGAGAAGGAUGACAAGCCUCCAGAAGCCACCGAGAAUGAGCCCGAUGUCAUGGAUACGGACCUUCCCAACAAGCCAGCCGCAUCAAAUGGUGAGACUCUAGCCAGUCCAGCAGUAAAUGAGGGCAACAGAGCUGUGGACACCACAUCGCCUCCGGCAGAGACCCGUGUGGAUGCUGAAGAGCCUACGAGCGAUGUUGCCUUGCAUAAGUCAAAGCAAGGGCUCAACCAUGCACCACCUGCUGACGCAACAGCAAGUCGCCGUCGAUCCAGUGUGUUCGAUGCCGUUGAUGAACCAAAGCUGACGCUUGACCGUGACCAACGUUACGCGGCGUCGGGUUCAUUCUUCUUCGAUCGUAUAUCUCGUCCGAGCAGUCCUCGCCGACCGGAGAAGCUUGAUCAAUGGCUCAGAAGGACUCCAUCUGCGACCACGUCAAGUGACAGUGAUACUGAUGACGAUGACAUAUCUUAUGCCGAGAGCAACCCAGACAAAGACACUGCCACGGACCGGCCAAUGGAUGAUAUCGAGAUGCAAGAUGCCAAAGCUGCCGAGCAAGAACCCGAUUUGCAACUGAUCGAAAACGAUGCACGAAUUGUGUUUGAUCUCGUCAGCUUGUCGCACACCAGAGCAUCUCUCGAAGACGCGGUCAUCAUCGGCCGACCUCAGGGAUUACCUGCAAACUUCGACAAGCCGAACUUCCGCAACGAUUUUGCUUCCGAACUAGUCCGCCAGUUGACACAGACGCCGCUGUUACGGGACCAGUACGGCACUUCAUCUGCUCAGAUAGAAUGCGGGACUCGCAACGACGCAGUCCUUAGUGUUGGCAUCACAGACGAUAAGUCGACCUACUCGUUCCUCAAUCAGCUUCAAAGCAUCGUUCCCGCUGCUGUGAACGGCAAACAACAGCAGCCCGUAGGUAGGCUAACAAGGCUCGGCGACCCAGAUAUCGCCAUGAAACGUCUCGAAAAGCCACUCAGCGCUCGACUUUCGGUGCUGCCUUUCUGGGAUGUCCUUGGUUUGCAACCUGUGUCGAAAGCGAAGGAUGUCUCAGCGUUAUGCAUUUAUCCGAGCAUAGCUGGCAUGCGAGACAAUUGUUCGCAGUUUCUUGAUCGUGUAGCUGAUGCUUACACAACCUGUGGCCUCGGUCAGCAUACGCGGGGCACGAUUGAUGGCAUCACAACCGACGGUCUGAUCAGCGGCGACAGUGGUGAUCAUGGGAUGUUUUUGGGUCCCAUAAGAAAGGUUGCUCAGGCACUGUCCAGCGAGUCUCAGCCUAGUGGAAGUCUCGUCAUUUACAUAGUGGCGCAGUCAAGAUCGGAAACGGCAUACAUCUACGCUUCUAUCGCGUCGUUUGCGAUCCGUAAGCACGUGGCACAGCAAUGGGCGAAGAGAACCGAUCGCCUAGAUGUGACUAUUCAGGUUGUGCCGCCGGGAUUUAUCAGCUCACCAGAUGAAUUAGUCGUGCCUUGUCAAGGAGACUACAGCAGCCUUGCGCUCAGUGUCUUUGGUCAAGUGCCAUCGGACCAACAAGAUGCACCGCCCGGAAGGAGUGAUUUCCCUCUGACCCUAGCUGACGGACGAGAGACUAUUCGAUUUGGUCUUGACGCUGGCGCCGUUUGGCCACUCUCGCAAGACAGCGUCCUCCACCUCGCCUACUCGUACAGCGAGGACAGGCGGUGGCUCCUCGCGGCUUGGACAGACAGCAAAGGCGCACUGGCCAUGUGGAUGGCGUACGAGCUGAAGAGCAUGGCUAUUGGACCCACGCGCACGCCCAGUGAGAUUAUCAAAGAUAUAUGGACCGUGUCCACAGAGCUGAUGGCCAAACAACGAGGAAAGUGGGAGCUCGUAGUCGCGAAAGCGGGCACCUACGAAGCCCCAGAAGUCAACGCAUGGAUGACGGCUCUCAACGCCCAGACGACGACACCGGGAAAGGCCAAAGCCAAUCUCGUUCUACUCUCCAUCGAGAUGACACCAACUCUUCGCUUGUUUCCCCAGCCCGAACCACUCAAGACAACUAUCCAGCAAGCAUACGGCACGCCAGCCUCAACUCCCCAAGGUGGCGUGACCUCUCCCGAGCAAAUAGUCGCUGCGACUCCAACGCCGGGCGGCUCCAACAUAAUCAACGCCCCCACCCCACCGGACCACAGCUUCGACCCCAACGUCGACGCCGAUCUAUCCAUCACCGACCCAUUCGAAACCGCCUGGGCAAUCGUCCUACCCUUUGGCAUCAACCAGGCCAAAGACCUCCUCGAGAUGCGCCCUGCCGUCGCAAGCGGAUAUCUGGUCAAGAAGACCGGUGGGCGGAACAGGGACGACGAGGGCCUCACAAUGAUGGGCGUGCAUCUCGUGUGGCCUACACCUGACCCGUCCGCGACGGUGGCGGGUCAAAGAGAACGGGAGCUGGAGGAGUAUCUGAGCGAGUACAGAGGACUGGUGGCCCUGGCGGCAGCGAGAGGGGUGAUUGAUCGGGAGAGUAGUUGUGUGCCGUGGCAUGUGCAUACUGCGGUCAGUGGGGCGACUGCGUUGGGAAGGCUCAUCUAA